GAGUGCUUUGAGAGGAGGUGUGGAGUGGAGCCCUCUGCGACUUGUUUGUAUCUUGUGAGCUGUGUGUGGUUUUAUUGGAUUUUACUGUACUGUGUAUAUGUGUAGCAUUAGUACUGAUAAAAUGCCUACAGAGACUGAGGAGGAGUUACCACCUUCUAUUUCCGAUCCCAGUAUCUCUCAGGAGGGAACCUUUCAUUCCCAAUAUAAAGUACUGAAGACUAUUGGAAAAGGAAGCCAUGCCAAGGUCCUCCUGGCCCCCAGCUCACAGGAACCCCAGUGGCGGUCAAAGUUCUCCGAAAGAACAAGCAGUGGUUCCGGCCAGCCAUGACAGAAGCAAACAUAAUGAGAAAGAUCAACCACCCCAACAUUGUUUCUCUCUUACAAGUCAUUGAAAACAAAACUAGAAUAUACCUCAUAAUGGAGCUGGUGGAAGGCCAACAACUCUACCAGUACUUCAGAGAGUCAGGGCAAGUAGAGGAGGAUGAGGCCCGGCAAAUAUUUGAACAGAUAUUAUCAGCAGUGAGCUACUGCCAUGGAAAGGGGAUUGUUCACCGAGACCUGAAAGUGGACAAUAUAAUGAUUGAUAAAGACAAAAAGGUCAAAGUCAUCGACUUUGGGCUUAGCACCGAAACACAACCUGGACAAAUGCUAAACCAGCACUGCGGUGCGUAUUCUUUUGGUUCCCCGGAACACUUCCUUGGACUUCUGUAUGACGGGAUGAAGAAUGAUAUGUGGACAAUAGGAGUGGUCUUGUAUUAUAUGGUAGUGGGAAAGCUCCCAUUUGAUUCUGUGAUCAUCCAAGAAUUACAAAAACAAGUUGUUGCAGGGGUGUAUCCUGCCCCCUGUCGGGUUUCAGAAGAACUGGAGAACCUCCUUAGUCAAUUACUAACAGUAAAUCCAAUGUAUAGACCAACAGCCAGCGAGGUGAUGAAACAUGCCUGGUUCAAAGAACACGGGAAGGGGUUCACAGUUCGUUGUGAAGAACCGCUUCCCCUCAGGCCAGACCCUGAAAUUUUGGGUGCGAUGAAAUGCAUGGGAUUUCAAGCCUCUGUAAUAAAAUACUCCCUAAUAAAAAGAAAAUAUAAUGAGGAAAUGGCAACUUAUUGCUUCCUACAACAGCAGGCUCUCCCGGGGUAUGGCUGCACAGCCCAGGCACAGCAAGUGAGUCCCAUUGCAGCCCCAUUUCCUAGCUUUGAUCCUGCUGCUGCUUUUAGAUUACAAAGAAAGAGGAGUGGAAGCCUGCCAGUCCUUGACACCUUGCAGGUGUCAUUCUCCCAAGUUCACGUAUCUCAUUAUGGCCAGAAGGUUCAUACAAAAGGAGGAAGAAGGUCCACUGUGGCUGGUCGUCUCAGGCCACUACCGAUAACACCUACACAGGACCACUAUCACAAAUGUGCCAUGAGUGUCCCAUACAUUCAAACAACAAGCAUCUUCAGGAGAAGAGUAGCAACAAGGAAAUAAAAGAAGAUAAUCUACUCUCCCACAGAGCCCCAUUAGAGGAUGAGCCCAUCUCCAGCAGGGUCGGGCACAGAGGUUUUAAGGGGUGGACCAGGAAUAUAGCAAAUGCCCUGAUAAAGCUUUGUUGCUGCUUGCCAAGGAGAAAGAAACCUUGCCUGGGGCAGAACAGAAUCUCACCCCAGAAAUGAGCCACAGGGAGAGUCCAGAUAACAAGCAGCAGGCACAGCCCAGGUACCUUCGUGCUUUGUCCUUUCUAGUUUGCUCUAUGCUGGUCCUUCCUCUGUCUCUGCUUUCCA